AAAACGCACGCAAGGAAAAUUAAAGCCCAAAGAGAGACAAAUAAUUGAGCCGAGUCAUGAGUUCGCCAGUGCCUGACUCCGGGAGCCCUUCCCUGCCUCCGCCCGUCGCACCGAACAGAGCGGCGCCGGCGCCGGCGGUCACCUUGGGCUCUACGGUAGCGAAGUCGGUGGCAGGGGUCGACGGGCGGGCGGCGGAGAGGAGAUUCAUAGCUGCGCCGCAGUCAGUGAGACAGCGCCCGUGGUCGGUACGUGCGGCGAUCGGGCUCCGUGUUGUGGCGCUGCUGCUGUGCAUGAUCGCCUUCUCGGUGAUGGCCUCCGACAAGACAGAGGGAUGGGCGGGAGACUCGUACGACCGAUAUGAGGAAUUCCGGUACCUGGUCGGAGUGAACGUGAUCGCCUUCGUCUACUCCCUGUAUCAGGUUUACGAGCGGAUCCACCGGAUGACCACCAUGAGCAGCCUAAUCAGUCGCCCGCUUCGUUAUUAUUUCGAUCUCACGAUGGAUCAGAUACUGGCUUAUCUUCUGAUGUCUUCGUCGUCGGCCGCAGCCUCUCGCAAUGACGCAUGGGCUUCGACGUUCGGAAGCGACGCCUUCACGCGCAAGGCAAAGGGAUCCAUCACCGUUUCGUUCAUCGCCUUCUUCGUGUUCGCGCUCAGCGCUCUCAUCUCUGCGCACAACCUUUUCAGGUAGAAGCUCGAUUCUGAUACCUGGCAUGUCAAAUUGAUUAUUAUAUGUACGAAGGGUGGUUAUAAAUUGGGGGCAAGCAGGAAUACGCCAAUACGUACGUUCAAACAUUUUUUUUAAGCUCAUAUUUGUAUACCGUUUUGCAAUUGUGUUUGAUUAUUCAAA